CAGAAAACCCCGUCAAAACAAACAAACAAAGAAAAAUCUCAGAGCGUUCCUGCUUUUUUGCCAUACAACCCAAGGAUCAAACAACGAAGACUCAAAGUCACACACACACAUACACACAUACACUUGGCAACCAGCGAAUGAGCGGACUUGCCGGGAGUGACGAGGUCCUGCGUGAGCGGGUCGCCAUGAUGAUGGAUCGGAGCAGCUCAAGCACGAAUCUGUCUGCCGCGUCGUCGACCUUCAGCUCGAUGGAUAGCAUGGCUGUAUCGGAUGACGACGACGAUCCCGAUGAGAAUGACGACCGCGGUGGCACGACGAUGAUGAGCAGCAGCAGCAGCAGCAGUAGCAAUGGAAAUGGCACAAAGCCCGGCAAUGGUACCGGCAAUGGAGCGGCAGCCGCGCGCAUCCAGCAGGCCGCCGCCGAGCAGCGCCGUCGGAAUUCAAUCAACUCUGGCUUUGAUGAACUGCAGCGCCUGGUGCCGGUGCUGCAGCCAAAGUUCCAAGGGCACCGCUUUAGCAAGGCCACCGUGCUCGCCAAAACCGCAGCACACGUCUCGACCAUCAUCCGACAGAGCACUGCGUACUCCGAAGAGGUCAACUUGCUGCGACAGGAAGCCAUGGCGCUCGCGAUUGUCAAUGCACGCUACCAAAUGGCCAUACAUGCACAACAAAGCGCAUCUGCUCAAGCGACGGAUGCCAUGCAACUUUGCGAGGCGGACACAUCGUUCCAACGGUACGAACCUGCUCUGCCUCAUGGCAACGUAACAAGCUCUAUUCCCGCGCCAAUUGGGUGGUUGCCCGGACAGCCGCAGUUGUCAGCCCCAGCGCCCCAAGUACUCGUGUCCACUGCUCUUGGAAGCGUUAGUCCGUCGUCUGUCCAACAAAUCUCAGUGACAAGUACUCCAUUACCAACUCCGGAUGAAGCUCAAGCGCAUCUGGUUAAAUUUCAGCUGUUUCGACACAUCAUCGAAAAUCUAUUUGCCACUUUCAGCCCGGCUGUGUCGCUAAAUAGCUACGAUGCCAUGUCAGCCAGCAUUCUCGCGUGGGUAGAAGAGCACUGUCAUCCAGAUCGGCUACGUGAUGUCUCGUUGGCCGCGUUUUGUACGGUUGCGGGAGAUUAUUUUGUCGGGCCACCCUCGACCUGAAUUUUGUACAUUUUCUUUUUUAAAAAUCAAAAAAUCAACCCAA